AUGAUCAAAGUUUCUAAGGAUUUCAAUUUUUUGAUAUUUGGAAGAAGUCUCCUGUUGGUGUCUGACCCUCUUUUCUGCAAGUUCCAUUUACUACCAGAUGACCUGAAGCUUGACAAAGUCCCAUCCGAUAGCUUGGUGGCCGAUCUCCUGGAAAAGAACACUGAUGCAGCUGUUGGAUACAGGAGUUGUGGUCAGGGAUAUCAAGACUACCUGACAAAGGAUGGCACAAAAGUUUUGCAAGCAAGGACGGGGCAGUACCAAUCCUUUCAUUACCUAGUGAAACGGAUCAUGCCAUCAAUCAAUUGCACAAACACCAAAUUUGAUGUGCGGAAGCAGGAGGAGACGAUCGGCAACAUCUUCACCAUGAGUGACAAGGCAUUUGCCCUCAUGCUACUUGAGAACUAUGAGAGUCGUUGGAGGAAACAGCAUGAGGAUCCCAAAUCAGCAAGACUCCGAGGUAAGGAACAUGCUGCUAUAUGCAAGGAGUUCAAGGCCAAAUUCACAUCAAGUGACGAUGGCUUGAAGCUGAAGUCAUCUGGUUGGAGUCGACAGGGAAUUGAAAGCUACAAGGAGAAGUUGAGUUCAAUUGGUAAGUUAAGAAGGCAAUCCCGCACAGGGGCGGCCCUAGAAGAGUACGAACUGUGGAAGAUGCGCAGUGGAGCAGACAUUUAUGUAAAGGGCACAGUGCCUCCUACUGCAAACGAGAGACAGAUACCUAUUGCUGAAGGAUCGCUGGCUGUCCUUCCUGAAGCAUUGGAAAGUAUGUUUGCAGAUGUCUAG